ACUACACCACUGGUAACAAAGACUACACCACUGGUAAUGAUGACUUCACCACUGGUAAUGAAGAUUUCAACACUGGUAAUGAAGACUACAACACUGGUAAUAAAGACUACACCACUGGUAACAAAGACUACACCUUUGGUAAUGAAGACUUCACCACAGGUCAUGAAGACUACAACACUGGUAAUGAAGACUACAACAUUGGUAAUGAAGACUACAACACUGGUAACAGAGACUACACCUCUGGUAAUGAAGACUUCACCUAUGGUAAUAAAGACUACACCACUGGUAACAAAGACUUCACCUUUGGUAAUGAAGAUUUCAACACUAGUAACAAAGACUACAACACUGGUAACAAAGACUACACCACAGGUAAUAAUGACUACACUGGUAAUGAAGACUAUACCACUGGUAACAAAGACUACACCACUGGUAAUGAAGACUACAACACUGGUAACAAAGACUACAACACUGGAAACAAAGAUUACACCACUGGUAAUGAUGAAUACAACGCUGGUAACAAAGACUACACCACUGGUAACAAAGACUACACCACUAGUAAUGAAGACUACACCACUGACUACAACAUUGGUAAUGAAGACUACAACACUGGUAAUGAAGACUACACCACUGAUAACAAAGACUACACCACCGGUAAUGAAGACUUCACCACUGGUAAUGAAGACUACAACACUGGUAAUGAAGACUACAACACUGGUAACAAAGACUACACCACUGGUAAUGAAGACUACACCACUGGUAACGAAGGCUACACCACUGGAAAUGAAGACUACACCACUGACUACAACACUGGAAAUGAAGACUACAACACUGGUAACAAAGACUACACCACUGGUCAACAAGACUACACCACUGGUAACCAAGACUUCACCACUGGUUAUGAAGACUACAACACUGGUAAUGAAGACUACAACACUGGUAACAAAGACUACACCACUGGUAAUGAAGACUACAACACUGGUAAUGAAGACUACAACACUGGUAACAAAGACUACACCACUGGUCAACGAGACUACACCACUGGUAACCAAGACUUCACCACUGGUUAUGAAGACUACAACACUGGUAAUGAAGACUACAACACUGGCAAUGAAGACUACAACACUGGUAACAAAGACUACACCACUGGUAGCAAAGAGUACUGCACUGGUAAUGAAGAUUACAGCACUGGUAAUGAAGACUACACCACUGGUAACGAAGGCUACACCACUGGUAAUGAAGACAACACCACUGGUAAUGAAGACUACACCACUGGUAACGAAGGCUACACCACUGGUAAUGAAGACUACAACACUGGUAAUGAAGACAUCACCACUGGUCAACAAGACUACACAAAUGGUAACCAAGACUUCACCACUGGUUAUGAAGACUACAACACUGGUAAUGAAGACUACAACACUGGUAAUGAAGACUACACCACUGGUAACGAAGGCUACACCGCUGACUACACCACUGGUAACAAAGACUACGCCACUGGUAACAAAGACUACGCCACUGGUUAUGAAGAGUACACCACUGGUAACAAAGACUACACCACCGGUAACAAAGACUACACCACUGGUAACAAAGACUAUGCCACUGGUAACAAAGACUACACCACUGGUAACAAAGACUACACCACUGGUAACAAAGACUACGCCACUGGUAACAAAGACUACGCCACUGGUAACAAAGACUACGCCACUGGUAAUGAAGACUACACCACUGGUAACAAAGACUACGCCACUGGUAACAAAGACUACGCCACUGGUAACAAAGACUACGCCACUGGUAAUGAAGACUACACCACUGGUAAUGAAGACUACAACACUGGUCAGGAGGACAACUGUUAG